AUGGCAAUUGAAAACAUCAACAAUUUAACAAACGACUUCGUUCUCGUCUGGUUAGAUAGUACUAUUGAAACGAACAAAAAUCAUCAAAAUACAAAAGUUCUUUUACAACGGCUGAUUAGAGUUCGCUUACUAACGUUUGAUGAUCCAGAUCAAUGUAUUGAUAAUAUAACUGACGAACCAUUAAAACGAAUAUUUCUUAUUAUUUCUAAUACAUUUGGUAAGCAUGUUAUACCACUUAUACAUGAAUUUCCAUAUAUACAAUCAAUAUACAUAUAUUAUGGUGAUCAAGAAAAAAUUGAAGCAUGGACCAUGCCAUAUUCAAAAAUCUCUGGCAUAUUCAUCAAGACACAGGCACUUAUACAUAAAAUUUGUGAUGAUGUUAAAGUGCAUGAUAAAAAUGGUGAUUUAUCAAUGAGUAUGUUUCAUCUUGCGGAAAAAGAAAAUACACUAGAACAGUUAUCUAAAGAAAGUGUAACAUUUAUGUGGUAUCAGUUAAUAUUGAAAGUUCUUCGAUUAAUGGCAAAAUACGAUAGUUCAAAAGAUGAAAUGAUUGCUGAAUGUCGAACUAUUUAUGAUAGUAAUGCAGCCGAACAAAUGAAAAUAAAUGAUUUUGAAGAAAAUUAUUCUCCAAUAAAAGCGUUAGAGUGGUAUAUAAAUGGUAGUUUUGUAUAUCGAUUAUUGAACAAAGCUUUACGAGCACAAAAUAUUGAAAUUAUAUUUAAAUUUCGAUUUUUCAUCAAUGAUCUUCAUAAUCAAACUGAACAACUUUAUCAUCAAUAUUUAGACAAUCAUUCUUCUAUUAUCGAUCAUCAUUUAACAGUCUAUCGUAGUCAACAUUUAGACAUGGAAGAACUUGAUNACAAGAAGCUAGAUUUAAGUGUCGGAAAUAACGGAACUGACAGUGUAAACAUAUUACUACAGACAUGUUAG